AGGCUCUGGAGUAGAACAGUGCCAGCACAGAGCAGCGCCAUUUGCAGCGCAACAGUUCAGCAUUCAGUUCUUCUCGAUCAGACUUCUGCCAUCCACUGUCAGGCAUUCAGAAACUCCACACGCAAGUUGAAACUCACCACCCCUCAAUUUCUGGGUUUGUGGCUUUUCCAAUCACCUGGACCUCUAUAUAUUGUCGCACGGUGUCCGCGGCGGCAUGCGACCGUGUUUAGACUAGCAUGGGUGGCAGAAAGCUGAAAGAUGUCACAGAAUAUCACUUAAAAGGGCAGCCUGGGGAGGCAAAUACGAUUCGAGUGGGCGACAUCGUGCUAAUAACACCAGUGGAGGGCAAGUUGCGGUACAUUGGGAAACUGGAAAAGCUAUUUCCAGAUAGAACCACCGGGAAGAUGAAAGUCAAGGUGCGGUGGUAUUACAGGCCCCAUGAAGCCAAGGGCGGCCGAAGGACGUUCCAUGGCAAUGCGGAGCUGUUCUUGUCGGACCACUACGACGAAGUCUGGGCGGAGGCCAUGGAGGGGAAAUGCAAAGUGCACUCCUUUCGAAAAUACACGGCAUUGGACGACGCAGGGCCCAACGACUUCUACUGCCGCUUUGAGUAUAAGCCACAGACCGGGGCGUUCGCCCCAGACAAAAUCCCUGUAUAUUGCAUAUGCGAGAUGCCGUACAACCCAGACGACCCGAUGGUUCAGUGCGAAAUGUGUAACGACUGGUAUCACUUCAAUCACUGGUUAGCUUGCACCCGCUUCAUGCAUGGCAUGACAAACGACUGGGGGCACUCAUCAGAGUGA